AGCUCAUAGCAGCAGUAAGUUCAGUAGCGCGGUGUUUCGCUUCUCAGUGUAUAAGCAGGGUGACUGAGAGGAGCAGCGGGUCAGUAUGGCCGUAUGAUAUAUUACUUACUUACACAACACCGCGCUAUCUGUCUGCGGUAUUAUUAUUUUACCCAACGUUCAGGCAGAGGAUUGUAUUGGAAUAAUCGUUUCCUUAAUUUUGCAACACCAUGGCGUCAGUAGUGUGCCGAGUCCAGUUCCUGGACGAUAUGGACCCUUUCGUUUGCACCAAUUUUCCCGAGCCCAGGAGACCGCCACCUUACACUCUGUAUGAAGACAUUUCCCUAAUUGAGCAGUUGGCCGGUGUGCAUAAGCUGCUGGAAGCUCCCUUAAAAUUGGAAGACUGUGCUCUGCAGUUAUCUCCGAGUGGAAACUAUUUGGAUUUGGAUUUGACACUUUCAGAACAGAAGGAUGACCUGGAACAGUUCUAUGAAGAUAUUGGCAAGGGGAAGAAGCCUGUGCUGAUCCUGCGGACCCAGCUGUCUGUUCGAGUCCAUGCCAUACUAGAAAAGCUGUAUAACUCUCAUGGGCCCGAGCUGAGACGAUCCCUCUUCUCUCUGAAGCAGUUAUUUCAGGAUGAUAAAGACCUGGUUCCGGAGUUUGUGAUUUCAGAGGGGCUGACAUGUCUCAUUAAAGUCGGAGCCGAGGCGGAUCAGAACUACCAGAAUUACAUCCUGAGAGCUCUCAGUCAGAUCAUGCUCUUCGUGGAUGGAAUGAAUGGUGUGAUUAACCACAGUGAGACUCUCCAGUGGCUUUACACUCUCACUGGCAGCAUGCACCGUCUGGUUGUGAAGACUGCUCUGAAGUUGCUCAUUGUGUUUGUGGAGUACACAGAGUCCAAUGCUCAGCUUCUCAUUCAGGCUGUCAGCACGGUCAGCAGGCAGAGAGACACCAAGCCGUGGUCCUGUCUAAUUGAAAUACUGGAAGAGAAGAAUGGAGCUGACGUGGAGCUGCUUGUAUUCACAAUGACACUAAUAAACAAGAUACUGGCAGCUCUACCAGAUCAGGACUCAUUCUACGAUCUCACUGACUGUCUGGAAACACAAGGCAUGGAGACUGUCAUCCACAGACACAUGAACAACAAAGGAACCGAUUCAGACCUGAAGCACCAGUUCACUUUAUAUGAGAAUGCCUUGAAGUUUGAGGACGGCGAGCUGGACAGGGCCCUGCCCAACAUGCGGAGGGACCGGAGGAAACUGGCGCCGAGCGCUGAGGAAGGCCGGAAGAGCAGGCGAACUUCUGGACAGAACAUGACGGAGGCGGUGUUCGCCUCCACAACCCCGUCCUCCUGUGCCUCCCCCAGCCCCACCCUAGAGAGCAGCCUGCCCAGUCUCGACCGUUCCCACAGGACCCCCCUGCCCAGCGACAGGGCUUCCAGCUCCCAGGACUCGGGAUCCCAGAGCUCGUCUCCCUCUCUAUAUCCAGACUCCAGGUCUCCCACCGCCGCCAGCAACGGCAUCAUUUUAUCUGCCACCGAGCUCCAGCAGAGCGAAGGGCCCCCCAGCACAUCAUCUUCUCACAGCCCUGGUCCUUUCACUAGGGGGCGCUCAUUCGUCAGUCAUUAUGUGCCACCUCUGGGCAUUGGGAGAAGGUCUAGACUCUCUAGCGGUCAGUCGGUGUCCGGGGAAGCUUCUCCCACCUCUGCCAGCCUUGCCUUGCAGGACUCCUCUCCCAACGGGAGCCAGUCGGAUCUGCACUGCGCUCUGCCGGUGCCGGAGAAGGAGGGCACAACUUCUGAAAGAGGCAUUUUCAAGACAGAGGAGGUUUGUUCUGUAAAUAUGGAUAAACCUGUCUUAAGAAAGUUUGAAAAUCGCUUUUUGCAAAGCCUCGCUGCCACCCAAAGGGAAAAGGAAAAGAAAAGGUUUUCGCUCAGUAAAGGGAGGCUGGAAACUUUGUCUUCUGAAGAAGUGUCGUCAUCCCCAGACAUUGUUGUCACCACCCCAAAGGGUCGCAACUCACCAAGCAGUUUUAAUGAAGGUGGGGAGCGUCUGAGUGCGAAGGAGCAGCAGAGGGAGGCAGCAAGCGAGAAGGAGCCUUGCUCAGCCUCCUCCUCCUCUUCGACCAGCAGCACCCUGGAACGAGAGGACAAGAGAGGCGACAGGCAGGCGGCACAUAAUGAUCCAGGUCAAAGCCUCCUUCGGCAGAGCAGUCUGGAGCAGCACAGCACCCUUUCCAGCGACAGGAAGUUCAUGCUCGACAUGCUGUACUCCAGGAACAAAGCCGGGGCCCUGAAGACACCCCAGGAGGCUGAGAAGGUCGGGCAGGAGGAGGAGGGGGAGGUGGUGCAUGAGGAGGAGAAGGAACCAGGAGAGGGUCGGAAGCCCUCCAGCAAGGCCUGUCUGGCCAGCCGCAUCUCUGUCCUGGAGCCCCCCUACGAGUGGAGCGAGGAGAGCCAGCAGAGACCGGAGAUGGAGAGCAUGGCGGGGAGCGUGAGGGCGGCUAAGGAGAGGCUGAGCGAGGAGCAGCAGCAGCAGCAGCUCAGAAACCUCCGAGCGCAGUACAGCAUCGACGCUGAAGUCAACUCCAAGAACCUGGAGAAGACCCUCAUGACCCCCUUGUCAAGGGACGGCGAGUGCAUGUGGGACCAGCUAGAGACACGCUUCAGGCAGCUGAAGAUCAAGGACCUGGACUUCUCAGACCUGCUCGAGGAUGAGGACAUUGACGUCUUGGACAUUGGCGUUUACGAACCGGGGGUUACAAACAGGGGCGCGGUCCCCCCUUCUCCCCUCACUCCUCUGGGCAGCACUGGCAACCUGCCUCCCCCUCCCCCUCCCUCUCCCCCUUACCCCCUCCCCCAGGAGGCAAUGGGCGGGGGAGGGCCCCGCCCCCUGGAGAGAACGGGGGGACCUCUCUUGCCCCCCUGGGGGUCCGGCUACAGUACGGCGCCUGGUUCCCCCUUAAAGACUGAGGACAGCACCUUCACCAAGAAGAGGAAGACUGUUAAGCUCUUCUGGAAGGAGCUGAAACAAUCUGAAAGCCCCAGGAAGUGCACGUUUGGGAGGGGCACAGUCUGGGCCUCCCUGGACAAGGUGACUGUGGACACUGCCAAGCUGGAGCACCUGUUUGAGUCUAAAGCCAAGGAACUCCCUACUGCUAAGAAAGGAGCUGAAAUUAAAAAGCAGACAAUAGUUGUGCUGGAUCCCAAGAGAAGCAAUGCAAUUAACAUUGGGAUGACAGUGCUGCCCCCUGCUCACAUCAUCAAGACAGCCGUUCUCAACUUCGAUGAAUUCGCAAUUAACAAAGAAGGCAUUGAGAAAAUCCUCACCAUGGUCCCGACGGACGAGGAGAAGCAGAGGAUCCAGGAAGCUCAGCUGGCCAACCCUGACGUUCCUCUGGGCACCGCUGAGCAGUUCCUGCUGAUGCUGUCCUCCAUCAGCGGACUGACCGCCAGGCUGCAGCUCUGGGCUUUUAAACUGGACUACGAGAGCAUGGAGAAGGAGAUUGCAGAACCAUUGUUUGAUCUGAAGCUGGGAAUGGAGCAGCUUGCAAAGAAUAAAACCUUCAAAAACAUUCUGGCAACGCUGCUUGCAAUUGGAAACUUCCUCAAUUGUUCCAAUGCCAAAGGCUUUGAGCUGAGCUACUUGGAGAAAGUGACCGAGGUUAAAGACACAGUGCACAGGCAAUCCCUGCUCUACCACACCGCUAACUUCGUAGUGGAGAACUUCCCAGAAACAUCAGAUGUGUAUUCUGAGAUCGCAGCCAUCACACGCUCUGCUAAAGUGGAUUUCAGUCAGCUGUCAGAAAGCCUGGUUCAGCUGGAGAGGAAGUGCAAGACGUCCUGGGACAACCUGAAGGUGAUCGCCAAGCAUGAGAGCAAACCCUCCCUGAAGAACAAACUGACAGAGUUCCUGAAGGACUGCACAGAGCGGAUCAUCAUCCUGAAAGUGGUGCACCGACGCAUCAUCAACAGGUUUCAUUCAUUCUUGCUGUACCUCGGCCAGCCCUCUCACUCGGUGCGGGACAUGAAGGUGACGCAGUUCUGCAGGAUCAUCAGCGAGUUUGCUUUGGAGUAUCGCACUACGCGGGAGAGGGCCCUGCAGCAGAGGCAGAAGAGGGCUGAGUACCGAGAGAGGAACAAGACCCGGGGCAAGAUGAUCACAGAGACGGAGAAGUUCUCCAGUGCUGCUGGCCCCCCGGAGAGCAGCCCGGCUCCUGUGUCGGCUCCCAGCUCCCAGCAGCAGCAGGGCCAGGCAGACGAGGAGCAUGAGAACAUGAAGAACCUGCUGAUCCCGAGUGCGGAGCCCAGCGGCACCCGUCGGAGCAGAGGCUACUACAGUUUAGGUAGAACUAGUCCAUUCAAUUCGGCAGUGUCAAAGGAGGACAGUUCGAGUUCACAGGACGAUGCCACUGAUGAAAUCAUGGAUCGUUUGGUUAAGUCUGUUACGCAAAACCCUAACCAGAGACCUUCGACACCAAAGGAGAGGAAGAGGUCCCGGGCAAACAGGAAGUCGUUGCGGAGGACCCUGAAGAGUGGGCUGACCCCUGAGGUGGUUCAGGCUCUGGGACUGACCAAUGCCAGCGAGGUGUAACUGUGAAGUGUUUAGAGGCGGGGCGGGGGGGUUGCAUGGAAUCAGGACGUGACUUUGCAUUGACAUGGAGGAGUUUAUGGAGUGGAGUCAUUAGUCCCUAAAAUGAAAAGGGACAAGGCUUUGAAGAGAGGUGUAGUACGUUCUGAAAAGCUUCCAGAAGGCUUUGGAAUAUGAAAAGUGCAAGAGUAUGCUUGAUGGAAGACGCUUGUCCCAACCUUGACAUCAUUGAAAUUUCCAGAGGUGCUAAGCAGUUGGGUUGUAAACAAAAGAGGGGUCAGAAAAGCCUCUAAGUACAGGUUUGUGGGUGACAGAAUAAUCUCAUUCCUGUCAUGAACUUGCACAAGUUUACACUGUUUCAACUCCUGACUGACAUGUUUUGCAGCCAGAAGUCUGAGGUGAAAAUACCUGAGAAAUUAAAUGCAUCAGUUUUCCUUAAAAGGCAUCCAAACUGAAAAUGUCCCUUUAUCCAGUGCAGAUAGCACAUUCAGAUGAAUACCUUUGCUAUAACAUGUGUUCUUCACAUUUGAGACCAACAUAACAAAUGGAAGUUUAGGAUUGGUAAGAUAAAUACAUGUCAGGGAUAGAAAUAACCCUCCCGUUGCAUAGCAGCUUGACCCAUUCCUGAUUUUACUAUGAGCUUGUUAACUAUACACUGUGGCUAAUCUAGC